ACUUCAAAGCCGGAGAGGACCUACACUUGUGGUGGAAUGGGCGGAACACAUCAUUGUAUUGCAAACCUCUAAAAAAAACACUGCUCUGAUUCAUAAAUAUAAAAAGAUCCUCUGAGGAGGGCACUUUUUUGUGAUGGCAACUUCACUUCUAGGGGUGAGUCUAAGGAGUUUCUUACUGGUCUAAUUAGUUCAUUUUAUUGUCCAGCGGAUUGGAUUAAAAUAACUUUGAUACACAGCAGGAAAGACAGUGCGAUGUUUAUAUUUUAGUAAGCUGGUUCAAAACGCCCGACGCGGAGAUUUGAGAAUUCGCCUUCAAAAGGGAGAGAAGUUUCUAGUCGAUGCCCAAAAACAAUUGCAUGUUCUCCGUGAUGUCCCAUUUGGCGUACAUUAGUUAAUAUUUCGUGACUUUCCCUGGUUUCUUGUCGUCUCGUCCUAAAGGAGGAACGGAGAUUGGGAUCGACUCCUUUAGCAAUGUUAGCUGCAACAUGUAAUAAAAUAGGGAGUCCGAGCCCUUCACCCUCCACCCUUUCGGAUAAUUCUUCAUCUUUUGGAAAGGGUUUCCAUCCGUGGAAAAGAGCCAACAGCUGCAGCCUGGGACCCAGCCUCUCCGGGUUUGGUGUGUCUCGCAGUGGAUCCGGUGUAUCGGACUCUUUCAACGGGUCAACCGGAUCCAGCGCCUUCUCCCUGACGCCCGGCACCGCGUCCGGCCCCCACUUUGGAAAUGACUACUCCGUAUUCCAAGCGUCGGUUUCCAACAGCACUCAAGAGUCUGGUCACCAGCCCGUGUUUAUCUCAAAGGUGCACUCGUCAGUGGACAGUCUGCAGGGCAUAUACCCAAGAAUGAGCGUCGCCCACCCCUACGAGUCCUGGUUUAAAUCAUCGCACCCUGGGAUCCCCACGGGGGAGGUCGGUACCACCGGGGCGUCCGCGUGGUGGGAUGUGGGCGCCGGGUGGAUUGACGUGCAGAACCCGAAUGGAGCCACGCUGCAGACCUCCCUGCACUCAGGUGGACUCCAGACAUCCUUGCACUCCCCUCUAGGGGGAUAUAAUUCCGAUUACUCGAGUUUAAGUCACUCCGCGUUCAGCACAAGUCCCUCUCCACACCUGUUGACCACCGGCCAGCACCUCAUGGACGGUUUCAAACCGGUACUGUCUUCUUAUCCAGACUCAUGCCCGUCUCCUUUAGGCGGGGCAGGAGGGGCUAUGCUCUCCGGGGCGCCAACUGCACCUCUAGCGGGGUCCCCGAGGUCCUCUGGUCGACGCUACUCUGGAAGAGCGACAUGCGACUGCCCGAACUGUCAGGAGGCAGAGCGGCUGGGUCCUGCGGGGGCCAGCCUCCGGAGAAAGGGUCUCCAUAGCUGUCACAUUCCAGGUUGUGGUAAAGUUUAUGGGAAAACGUCGCAUCUUAAAGCUCACUUGAGAUGGCACACAGGUGAGAGACCGUUUGUGUGCAACUGGCUCUUUUGUGGUAAGAGAUUCACGCGCUCCGAUGAGCUCCAGCGACAUUUGCGCACACACACCGGCGAGAAGAGGUUCGCGUGUCCGGUUUGCAACAAGAGAUUUAUGAGAAGUGACCACUUGAGUAAACACGUAAAAACUCACUCUGCCGGUGGGUCUGCAGGAUCUGGCUCCGGGGCCAGCGGGGGGAAGCGGGGAAGUGACACCGACAGCGAGCACAGCGCACCGGGGAGCCCUCCGUGCAAUUCCCCCGACCUGUUGCUGCCACCUGAUGCACACUCUGGAGUAGGAGGCAUGAACAGCCUCUAAUUGGACUAUUAAAAUAAACUGAACAUAACAUUUUAUUUGCUAAAAUUUUCUGAAGGAACGGGGACAUUUCUAUAUGCAAAAUGAGGAAUUAGACAAGAAAUCAAAUUAGACUACUAAAUAGCCAGAUUUCACAAUGAUCUUCUUUCGGUGAAAUACUUAGGCCUAUGCAAUAUGGAACUGUAAUCAAGUGAAUUAAUUUAAAAUGUUAAACUGGUUCCUACUGCCCAUCAAGGCAUCGAAAUCAAGUAGGCCUACAUCAGACGACGCCCAUGGUCAAGAAGCGGUAUUUGUGGCCGGUAAAGUUUACUGCUGGCAUAGAAUAUUUUUCAAGACCAAACUCUGGCACUUUAUUGUUGAGCAGGAGACAUUAUUCGUUAAAGUCACUAUCUGUGGUUACUUCGUAAGUUAGCCUAAAUAUUUCUCUAUUCUUAUCUAUCUUAUCCCAUCCCAGUUUUGAUAACGUGUAACAGUUAUAGGUUUAUUUGACGGUAUUCGCCUCACAGCCUCUGUGCGUUGAACCAAGUGUGUAAGUAGCCCAAUCUUGGUUAGCUGCCAAUCUGUUGUAAAUAAUAACAAAGGUAUGUUAGAUUCUAAAUAUGCACCAAUGUAAAGGUGAGUUAUGUAUUUGACCAGGAAUCGAUAAUUUUGUAUAGUUAUUUCUAGCUCUAUAUGGACAAUAGAAAAUAUUGGAAGCUGAUGGAAAUGUACUUGGAUUUGCUUUGACUUGAUAUACAAAUGUAUCGUGGUAAGUUAUAUUUAACCACACGUUUUCUUGUAUGUAGGGGUCCUCAAUUAGGCGCACUUUGAUUUAUUUGUAAGAUUUUGAAAUAAUUUACUGUCAUUGAUUCGUUUAAUUUAAAUAAGCAUGUUGUAAAAUUUACGUUAAUUUUCAAUGCAUUUCUUUUCGAUAAUGGCAAUUUAUGUAAGCCACUGAAUAAACUCAGUAUGAAUCAGAA